AUGUCAUCUUCGUCGAACUUGUGGGUUCUGCUCGGUCUUGGGAUUGCGGGAAUAUUGAUCAUGACGAAAGCUGAUUUUGGCGCGUUUAUGGAGCGGUUGCAGCUGUUGCCCCCACCACAGCCCGCGCCGCCUAAAGCACCUCAUCCUCUUACCGGCCUUUCUUUUGCGGUCUCUGACGUAUUUGACAUUGAAGGAUUUGUUACUGGAUUUGGCAACCCUGACUGGUCCAGGACUCAUGAGGCUGCUACGCGUACAUGUCUUGCUGCUGCCGCCCUUGUUGAUGGAGGCGCUACAUGUGUCGGAAAAACCGUUGUGGAUGAUAUGGCAUUGGGUGUGAGUGGAGAAAGCAAGCAUUAUGGUACACCAACUAAUCCUGCCUCACCUGAAAGAAUACCAGGGGGAGCCUCCAGUGGUGCUGCUGUAGCUGUUGCAGCUAAACUCGUUGAUUUUUCUUUGGGUGGUUCAACUCAUUUGAAAAACAUACUAUGUAGCCAUGCGGCCUCAAGCAUAAUUUUCCCCAAAUUGUUUUUUUGGAUCUUUGAAUUUGCAGGAUGGUUUGCAAAGGAUCCCAAUGUGCUUCAUCGUGUUGGCCAUGUGCUGUUGCAGGUUCCAUAUGCCGCUCAACGCAACCCAAGAAAAAUUGUGAUAGCAGAUGACUGUUUCCAGUCUUCAAAAUUUCCGUCAGACCGCAUUACUCAGGUGGUGAUAAAAUCCAUCGAGAAACUUUAUGGAAGACAAGUCGUGAGGCAUGAGAAUCUUAGUGAUUAUUUGAAGUUGAAGAUUCCAAGCUUAAGUAAUAUCAAUAUGGAUCAACUAAAAAGUGAGGGGCCUGAGGGCAAAUAUUCUCCAGUUGUAAUGCUGGGAAGUGUCAUGCAGCAGCUUAAAAGGCAUGAAUUCAGAGAAAAUCAUAAUGACUGGAUCAACUCUGCAAAGCCUACUUUGGAUCCUGUUAUCUCAGCACAAGAUGAUGGAAUAUUAGUCAUUCCUACAUCUUUUGAUCCUCCUGCAAAACUUGGUGCCAAGGAGAUUUCUACGGAGGAAUACGUUAUUCGGACUUCAAGUCUUUCAAGUUUAGCUAGUAUGUCAGGCUGCUGUCAGGUUGUGCUACCUCUCGGAGUCCAUGAAAAGUGCCCAGUUUCUCUGUCACUCUUAGCCAGGCAUGGGGAUGAUAGAUUUCUGCUGGACGCGCUGCACUCUGUAUAUGCUUCUUUCCAGGAACUGGCUGAUACAGCUGUAAAGCCUAAAUCAUCUAGUAACGCUGUGACACACGAAACAUCAGCAGAGAUGGCCAAAGAAAAGGGUAAUCAAGCAUUCAAAGACAUGCAAUGGCAGAGAGCUAUUGGAUUUUAUACAGAAGCCAUCAAACUCAAUAGCAAUAAUGCAACAUAUUACAGUAACAGAGCUGCAGCUUAUUUGGAAAUUGGAAGUAUCAUUCAGGCUGAAGCAGAUUGUACCCAAGCAGUUGAUCUCGAUAAGAAGAAUGUAAAUGCCUAUUUGAGAAGGGGAACAGCUCGGGAAAUGUUGGGUUACUACAGAGAAGCAAUGGAAGAUUUUCGAUAUGCACUUGUUCUUGAGCCAAAUAACACAAGAGCAGCCCAGUCUUUGAACAGGCUGAAGAAGUUAUUCCAGUAG